CCAGCUACAACAAAUUUUGUUGGUAAAUUCACGCAAAGCGUUCGAAGGAUUGUCCAGGACGUCAAGGAUGAAGGUGCACCUAGUGGCAUGAGCCGUGAGGAAGUCAUCGAGACAAAUGAGCGGCUGCGUAAUUUACGCAUACGUCUGGAGGAAUCUUACGACACGGCUAAACAAGCUUUAAUAACCCUUAUGAAUAAAUAUGGCGAUUCGAAAUCACAACGUAAUAUUUUUCAACGUUAUCCCAUGCUGAAAAUUAUGAUAAAGGAUGUAAUUCGAUUAGAAACGCAAUAUUGGGCCCUCAUCGAUAUACCACGCCAAGAGAAGCAGGAAACGGUACCCACCUAUGUCAUGCGUGCCUGUUCGAUUAUGGAAAAGACGCAAAAAUCUGGUGAAGGUGUAAAAACAUCUGCCAAAUUGGCAGAGGAGGCAGCGGAGAAACGUGAACGUUUAGAACGAUUGGAAAAUAUGACCACCGCACAAAUUGAACAUGAAAAUAAUCAACUCAUAAAUGAUCUAUAUAGAUUACUGAAGAAAUAUUUAGGCCUUAGACAUUUAAUAAGAGUACUCAAGGAGGAAUACGGUAGUUCAAAACUCUAUCCCAUUUUUCCGCGUUACACCAUGCUCAAGGAUAUGAUUAAGGGUAUUAUGCAUGAUCCCGACUAUAUGGAAGUAUGUCAUGAAAUAACCAAUUAAACUCAAUGUUCAUCUGUGU